AUUAGAAAUAAGGAUAAUAUAGGAGAAAAUGAAAUGUAUAAUAUGAUCGCUUUACACUCACAUUUCAGUCCUACAGACAAGUUACUACAGUUAUAUUAACAGAAUAUUAUAAAUACUGUACAAUAAUGAUGUUUCAUUCAAAUCCCACCCGGAGCAUCUUCACUGUCCACGCCGCUGCAUCCAGCAAAGACGUUGAUUGGCCAGCCGGUCCGGGAGCCACGCCCUCCCUAUCCCUGCCGGCCACUAUCAUCGGCCGCUGCCCCAUCAGUCAGGAGGGUGCAGCCCCUCCAUCCGAGCCCGCUUCCCCCCCUCCUCCUCACGCAGCACGUUGGGUUGAGCGGUCGGCUAGGGGACCGUGGACAGCUCCCGUCUGAGGAGCAGAGUAACGCAAGAGGAGGAGAGGGCUGGAUAUGGGGGAGCCACCGCACAGGCCCGUAUGAUCGAGAUAAAAACACUUUUUUCAUGUGCACACACCGGGGAAAAUACACAAAGACACGGAGCUGGAGAGGCCUUAGGAGGACGGGGAAACAACCGAGGGAGUGAAGGAAGAGGGGGAAUACGACUACUGACCCAUCCCGGCGCAUCAGGGGAGAAGCGGCGAGAGAAAGGAGGAGAAGGAGAGAUAAUUCCGCUCGACCUGAUGGACUGAGAGGACAGAUGAAUGAAGACUGCCUACACUAACGCCUAUAGAUGCCUGGCCAAGGAUCUGGACGCUUACGCCAUGAACACGGACAUGACAAUGGACGGCAUUGGCAGCCUGCAUGGCGGGGUGGCGGUGAGCUCCGUGGCCCCUGAUGCUGAGCUGAUGACCGGCCACAGCCCGCACCACGGCCGCGGGAGCUCGGUAGCAGCGGGGGGACACGGGGCGGCGGCGGCGGCAGCGGCGGCGGCGGCGUCCACCCUGCGGAUACACCAGGACCUGGCCGCCGCCGCCGCGUCAUCCCGCUCCGCCAUGGUGUCAGGCAUGGCCACGAUACUGGACGGCAGCGGGGAGUACCGGCCGGAGCUGUCCCUGCCGCUGCACCACGCCAUGAGCGUGCCCUGCGACACGUCCUCUCCCGGGAUGGGGAUGAGCGGCACCUACACCACCUUAACCCCGCUGCAGCCGCUGCCCCCCAUCUCCACCGUGUCGGACAAGUUUCACCACCAUCACCAUCACCACCACCACCAGCGGCUCUCCGGGAACGUGAGCGGGAGCUUCACCCUGAUGCGGGACGAGCGGGGACUACCGGGCAUGAACAACCUCUACAGCCCGUACCACAAGGACCACAUGUCCGGGAUGGGUCAGAGUCUGUCCCCGGUGCUGGGCAACGGCCUGGGCUCCAUACACAACACCCAACAGGGUCUCCACAAUUACGGCACGGCAACGCACGGAGGCCACGACAAGAUGCUGAACUUCGACGCGCACCACACCGCCUCCAUGCUGGCCAGAGGGGAUCACCACCAGCACCGAGGCCUCGGUGGCCCGGCGGGCGGGAUGAUGCCGCACCUGAACGGGAUGCACCACCCGGGGCACCCGGCUGCCUCCUCGGCGGGUCACCACCCCCACUCCCACCUCCAGUCUCCAUCCCACGGGCCCGUGUUGGCUUCCACCCGGGAAAGACCGCCCUCCUCCUCGGGGACGCAGGGGGGGAACAGUUCGGGGCAGCUGGAAGAAAUCAACACCAAGGAGGUAGCGCAGAGGAUCACGGCGGAGCUGAAAAGGUACAGCAUCCCCCAGGCCAUCUUCGCCCAGAGGGUGCUGUGCCGCUCCCAGGGGACCCUGUCGGACCUGCUGAGGAACCCCAAACCCUGGAGUAAACUAAAGUCAGGCCGGGAGACCUUCAGGAGGAUGUGGAAGUGGCUGCAGGAGCCCGAGUUUCAGAGGAUGUCGGCCCUCAGACUGGCAGCGUGCAAACGGAAGGAGCAGGACACGGCGAAGGACCGCAACAACACACCAAAGAAGUCGCGGCUGGUCUUCACCGACCUGCAGCGGCGCACCCUGCUGGCCAUCUUCAAGGAGAACAAGCGGCCGUCCAAAGAGAUGCAGCUCACCAUCUCGCAGCAGCUGGGCCUCGAACUCACCACCGUCAGCAACUUCUUCAUGAACGCCCGACGCCGGAGCCUGGACAAAUGGACAGACGACGGAGCCAGCCCGGGCGCCCAAUCCUCGGCGUCCAGCACUUGUACCAAAGCGUGAUAGUAGAUGGCGUGGAAG